GUUUUUGUUUACAUUUUUCAACCGGCUUUAAAAGUUCGUAAUAAUUUAUAGUUUUAUGCGUUAGCUUAAACCCGAGGUCUAAUAAAAAUUUAACAUAAUGGAGGCCGAGGUGGCCAGCUUCGUAGAGCACGAACUUAAUGAUGUGGAUUUGAAAUCCUGGAGAUCUAUCAAGGAAAGUUUAGAUAGCUUUCUAACCAUUCUGCCCACGAUAUUGGGAUUUGUUCUUUCCCGCCUGCUCUGCGGACACCUGCCGAUGCUAUCCACGAGGAGAUUUCUCCUGGAGUUGUUUCUGAUCGGAUUACCCACCGUGAUAUUGAUUACAGUGGGGAGUGCCUAUAGCUACACAUACUCCCUGGUGGUUUCCUUAGCUGUUCUGGUCUAUAUUUAUGGAAAUGUCGCUCCCAAUCCUCCAAACUUCGUGUAUAAGGUCGGUAAGAGACCCAUAGUCUUCACUCUGCUGAGAGCAACUGCCUACAGUGGAACCUGUGCCGCCAUUCUGGCUGUGGAUUUCCCUUCGUAUCCUACGGAUUACCGGAAAAGCCGGACUUUCGGAGCAGCUGUCAUGGAUAUGGGAAUUGGGCUUUUUGUGGUGACCAUGGGAUUGGUUUCACAUCGAGCACGGAGCAUCACUGAUCUUAAGAAACUAAGGAGAUCUGUUAUUCCGUUGCUGGUCCUAGGGCUUGCUCGCACCAUUGUCAUCACUUUGAUCGACUAUCACCAGGAUGAGACGGAAUACGGCCGCCAUUUGAAUGCCUUCUUCAUACUGGGAUUCACGAAAUUGCUGGGCAGCUGCUAUAGUCUGUUGGUAAACUCUGAUGAACAGCUCCUGGCACUUGCAAUAGGUUUGCUAUUCCUUCACGAAGUGGUGCUCCAACUGGGACUCUCCGAAUUCGUCAUGUCUUCUGCACCCCAUGAGGGGUUUUUCAGUGCCAAUCGGGAAGGCUUAAGUUCCCUACACGGAUGUGUGGCUCUCUAUUUGCUCAGCAUUUACUUUGCCAAGUGGUAUACUUCCCGUGAUAGCCUGACUUAUCAAGGACUAAUAAGAAAGUUAAAGAGUAUUCUUUUCGUGGCCAUUCUCUGUUGGAAAUUGGUUUUUAUAAGUUCUUUUCUAACGGGCAUAGCACGUGUAACUUUUAGUUUUGGCUAUGUAAUCUGGAUUUUCGCUGUCUCCCUAAGCCUAAUUGUGAUCUACGCGUUCUUCUUUGAGCUGAAACUCGUACGGCCAGAUAUUUGUUCUAAAAAGUCAAUUAGAGAUGACGGGCAAAAGAACAUAUCCUUGCCCACCUUUGUUGAAAGUCUGAACAUGAACGGUCUGACUCACUUCAUGAUCUCCAAUUUCCUUACGGGAAUGGUCAACAUGUCCCUGAACCCGGGUCAUCGAAGUGAUCUGGAGUCUGUUGUUAUACUGUCCAUCUAUAUGUUUGUUUGUGCUGGAGUGGUCUUCCUUAUGCUAAAAAAAGGCAUACGUGUAGCUUAGUAUUUGUUGUAUAAAU